AAUCAUUCUUAUAUUAUCUUAGCAAAGUUGAAGAUUUAUAUCCGGUUCAAACAUGGCUGAUCUCAAACAAGCAAAAUGUGAUAAACAAAUUAGUCCUGAGACUAUUGAAAAUGAAGAGGAUCUCAUUUCGAGGCAUAGACGAGAACGAAAGGAAUUGCAAGCUGAAAUCCAAAAAAUAAAAAACUCUGCACCCAAGGGAGACAAGAAGAAGAGAAAAGAAUGUAGUGAAAAAGUUGCCAUUUUGGAAGCUGAGCUGGAUGCUAAGCAUGAAGAAGAACUUUCCAGAUUUAAAUCAAAUCAUUCUGAAGAAUUGAUGACAGAGAAUAUUGUCAAUGGAAAAGAAUCAUCCGAAGAUAUUGUACAAGGAGAAGAUAAUUCUGUCGUAGAACCAAAUCGUGAAAAAAAAUCUAAGGCUCAGAAAAGAAGGGAAAAAAAACAGGCCAAAGGUAAAGAACGUGAAGAAAGAAUUAAAGAGCAGGAUGAAGUCAAUAAACUUGGUCCACGUCAACAAGAAAUGGUUAAAAUUAAAGCUAUACUCAAAGAAAGAGGGCUUGCUCUCUAUGAGAUAGCAGCAGAUGGAAACUGUUUAUACAAUGCCAUCAACCAUCAGCUGAGUAGCAGAAACAUCCAGUCAACAAAUGAGGAAUUGAGGAAAAAAACUGCAGACUAUAUGAGAAGUCACCGAGAUGAUUUUCUUCCAUUUUUAACCAAUCCAGAUACUGGGGAUAUGCUUACUGAAGAGGAAUUUGAAAGUUAUUGUCAUAAGACUGCUCAUUCUCCAAUGUGGGGAGGUCAAGUGGAGUUACGGGCUCUGUCUGAAGUUUUACAGACUCCAGUAGAAGUUCUGCAAGCAGAUAUACAACCAAUAGUGAUUGGAGAGAACCUAGCAGGAAAACCAUUAACUGUUGUCUACCAUCGCCAUGUGUAUCGACUGGGAGAACAUUACAAUUCAGUCAUUACAGCUGCACUCCAACAGGAAGAGGAGGAAGGGGACAUAAUUUCAUAGUGUGGUUAACGCAAUGCAGGAGGAAAGGGGCAUAAUUUAGUUAACCAGCUGACUUUUAAAUGGAAUUAGCAGCUUUUUAAUUUUCAAUAAGUGUGCCAGUUCGUCUUGCUACUGGAAGUGAAGCAAGAUUUGAACUGAGCUCACACAGUAUGGAACUUCAUGCACUUCUUGACAUAUUAUAACUUUACAUUUCAGUGCUUGUAACAUUUUUCAAAUGUCAGCUCUGCUGCUAUAUCUCAAAUUCAAAAGAAAAAAAGUACAUUACAGUAUUCCUUAACUUUUUUUUAGCAAAUCAAUUUUUUUUUCACUCAAAAUAUUGGCAUUAUGGAGGAAGAAAUGAUUGUACACACGUUACAAUAAAAUAACUUGCAAUUUGAUACAACUGUUGCAAUUACACAAAGUGCCAAUUUUCAUUAUUUCUAUACAGUCGUUCACCCCUGCAGCAGUAAAUCUUGGUUUUUGAGUCCUUGAACCCAAUUUUCAUUAUGCAGAAAUCCUGUCUUCGUGAAAUUUUUUAUACUUAAGAACUUUUUUACUAAUUUAUAUUAGUAAUUUAUUUUAUAAAGUCCAAAAUUAUUACAGUUUGUAAAACAUGAAUCAAAAGUGAUCUGAUAAUGAUAAAAUAAACUUUAGUCUUAGAAUUUAUACUACCAUGUUGAACUUUUUCACCCCUUGUUUUUAUAUUUUCAUUUUGCAAAAUCACCAUUACGGUACUACAAAUAAACGUAAAAUAAUUCUGAUCAUUAUCUGAGUCGUAGAUUGCUGUAAUUAAAGUUACUCAGUAUUGGUGCAAAAGAAUAAGAGGGUCAACAGUGAUGUAGGUAGAACUAUACUACUGUGAUAAUUAGUAUGGUUUGAUAAUUGAUAGAAGAACCAGAGACUUUAGUUUUAGUAAAGUUUGAUGUCCAAUGAAGUUGUAAAUGUAUGGUUUUUAAUAAAUGCGUUUUGUAAAUAUGA